AUGCAUUCCCAUCUUCACACCCCCCAAAAUGCCAAUUGCGAAGAAAUCAUGACCGCCCUAGACGAAUGCCAUGCUCGUGGUUUCCUCCAUAAAGCCCUGGGCAAUUGCAAUGAUAUCAAGCGUGACGUUAACAAAUGCCUUUCGGAGGAACGAUAUGUGCGGGCAAAGCGGAAUCGCGAUCAGGCAAGAGAAAACCGCAGACGGAUUGAGAAGAUCUGGGCGGAUGAGAAACUUCUUGAACAGGGAGAGAAAUAG